AUGUUCGUGUUCCUCGCGAUUUCUAUGGCGAAAUCUGCAGCUGCAGAAGCCACUACCGGACCAAAGGGAAAGAGUGCUAAAAGUUUAAAGGGUCUUUUUAGUGCUUUGUUAGUGUCAUUCAAUGAAGAUGGUACAAUCAACGAGAAAGGCUUACGUGAAAUCGUUCGCUACAACAUAGACAAAAUGAAAAUUGAUGGCUUAUAUGUUGGUGGCAGUACUGGUGAAAACUUCGAAUUAUCUACAGAAGAAAAGAAGCAAAUCUUCCGCAUUGCUAAGGAUGAAGCCAAGGACCAGGUUGCAUUAAUUGCCCAAGUCGGUAGCAUUAACAUCCACGAAUCCAUCGAAUUAGGUAAAUAUGCCACAGAAUUAGGCUACAAUUGCUUAUCCGCUGUUACACCAUUCUACUACAAGUUCACCUUCCCAGAAAUCAAGAACUACUACAACACAAUUGUCAAUGCCACAGGCAUGAAUAUGAUUGUUUAUUCAAUCCCAGCUUUAACAGGCGUCAGUAUGACAGCUGAUCAGUUCGGUGAACUCUUCGAGAAUCCAAAGAUCAUCGGUGUCAAGUUCACAGCUGGUGAUUUCUACUUAUUAGAGCGUGUCAAGAGAGCUUACCCAGAUCACCUUAUUUGGGCCGGAUUCGAUGAAAUGAUGCUUCCAGCUUGCUCAUUAGGUAUUGAUGGUGCCAUCGGCAGCACAUUCAAUGUCAACGCUAAGCGUGCUAGACAAAUCUUUGAAUUGUCUAAAGCUGGCAAGUACGACGAAGCUCUUGAGGUUCAGCACGUUACAAACGAUUUAAUCGCUGGCAUCCUCUCCAAUGGCUUAUACCUCACAAUUAAGGAAUUAAUGAGACUCGAUGGUGUUGAUGCAGGAUAUUGCCGUGAGCCAAUGACAAAGGCUUUGACCCCAGCUCAGGUUGCUUUCGCCAAGCAAUUAAAGGAGAAAUAUCUUUCAUAA